AUGGGCCUCCCAUUCAUGAAUCCCGUAGUACUUCCGCUGAUUCAACUUUGUCAACAGCCACGACCUCAGUUCCCGAAUCCAGGAUAUCUCCCCAACGGUACGACCUCAGGGCCGACUCCUGGGGCACAGGCGCUCUUGCCAAAUAACGGCCGUGUCAUUCAGUCCGGUCCCAUUCGAGUCCUCUGUAUUGCCGAUGUCAGAGGAAACCUCAGAUCUCUGAAUGAACUGGCGAAGACUGCGAAGGCCGACUAUAUUUUACACACCGGCGAUUUCGGAUUCUAUGACCACACCUCGCUGGAGAGGAUAGCCGAGAAGACACUGAAACAUGUCGCUCAAUACUCCCCUCUCCUCAGCGAAAAUGUCAAGCGGCAAAUUGCCCAGCCUCAGCCUCAGCGGCCGAUCAAGCAAAUGUUCACACCGGACCAACUACCCCUUUCAGAAUUACCACUUCUGCUCAACAAGCAAAUCACCCUGGACGUGCCUGUUUACACGGUUUGGGGCGCUUGCGAAGACGUGAGAGUUCUGGAACGGUUUCGGUCGGGCGAGUACAAGGUGGACAACCUGCACAUUAUCGACGAGGUUAAUUCCAGAUUACUCGAUAUUGGCGGAGUAAAACUAAGGCUCCUCGGCCUCGGCGGCGCAGUCGUCAUCCACAAGCUGUUUGACAACGGAGAGGGCAAGACGUAUAUUGCAGGCGGUCAAGGCACGAUGUGGACAACGCUGCUUCAGAUAGGCGCUCUGAUCGACACUGCGAACCGUGUGUACGAUCCGUCAGAAACCCGCAUCUUUCUGACACACGCGUCACCUGCGAGAGACGGCAUCCUCAACCAACUUUCCGUUACACUGAAAGCAGAUUUCUCCAUUUCGGCUGGUCUCCAUUUCCGAUACGGCAGCUCUUACAACGAAUUUUCCGUCAACCCAUCGCUUGAUCAUUACCGCGGGAAAUUGGCGGCGUCCAAAGCAUCCUUCCAGGAUGUGUGGGAGACUGUCAAAAUGGACGUGGAGCAGGCGAUCGAGAACAACACUAAUCACAAGGCCCUUCUUCACAGCGCUCUGGAAAUUGUCGAGAAGAUGCCCAGCACGGCCAAUGGAGGCAAUCCUUUUGGCGGGCCUGUGGGCGGUGGACCUGGGGCUGGCCAGGUGGACGAAAGUGCUUUCAAGAACAUGUGGAACUUCAAUCUAGCAGACGCUGCAUUCGGCUACCUUGUUUUGGAAAUUGAAGGCGGUCGAAUCGGUACGGAAAUGCGGGCACAAGGCUUCAACUUCGCUCAUCGAGGAAAACCCGCGGUCCCUCCAACCAUUCCUCAACAACCGCCGACCGGCCCACCGUCCGUGGUCUCGGGGUCCGUGCCUCCUGCCACUGCUUCGACGGGCUCGACUCAGAACCGCACUCCUGCGUUCUCUGCACCGGCACAGCCUUUCCCACAGCAACAGAAACCUCUGCAGCAACAACCGCCCACACAACACCAGCAGCAGACCAGGCCUGGUCAACCUCAGCCCGCACCGACACCUGCCGCCAAAACAGGAACUCCCCCUACAGCAGGGUCUCCGGCUCCGCCUGUGGCCCAGGCCAAGCCCCUGACGCCUCAACCGUCAUCUUCAGGAAUUCCAGCAACUUCUGCCAUUGCAGCCACCAACGGUACGAGCGGAGAGAAGACGAGUGAAGGUGACGCCACCAAGGCAAAGACUGCAACCCCUCCCGCAGAGCGGAGACCUCCGACUGCCCUUUACGUGUCUCAAGCCGACAGCGAACAGCACAUCCGAGACUGUUUUGGGAACGAGGACCGAGAAAAGAUCAAGGCCAUUAGCAGAAUGGGCAAAUUCCCCAACUGGAAGGUGCAGUUCGAGACACACGAAAUUGCUGAGGCUGCUCUGAGCAGAGUGCAAGGUGAAGCGCAAAACCACAAGAAUUCUGCCGGCAAAGUACCAAAGUUUACCUGGUUUGAAGAACCCAGGGCGGCGUUGGGACAUGGCAGCCUAGCAACCGGGGCGCGGCUGGAUCAGCCAAUACUCCCACACGCGGAGGGUACCAGAGCGGAGGAGCAAGUGACAGUGAAGGUGGUCGAGGCCGUGGGGGAUUCCGCGGACGUGGGCGCGGUCGGGGAGAUGAUCGUGGUGGACGCGGCGGACGAGGUGGCGGACGAGGGACCUACCAGAACAAGACGACCGAUGGAGCAUCAGACAACAAACCUGCAGAUUCGAAGCCCAGCGACGUAA